UCAAAUUGAACAAUGAUUUCUUAUACCGCCAAUUAUUUCUGGGGUCUCGUGCGGCUGACUACGUGCUUCCAUCAGACUUCCUGUUCUAUUUGAAUCUCACUCCCACCUGCGUCCAUCUGCGUAUAACUGUUUGACCCAAUCUCUAUGACUAAUCUUACGUGACCUACAGAUAGUCAAGCGCCCAUUCGAUGACUUGGACUGACCUUCAAGAACAAAGGCCUAUCCAGCCCGUCAUCGUGUGGCUUCCCCCGUCAGAGCCCGGUGUCUCGGAUCCGGACGCGACCUCGAUUGUAUGCCAACGGACACAGUAAGGGAUCUCUCAAUACUCACCUGUCGACCAAUAGACUGCGGUCAGCUCAGACGAACUAGUGCGGGUUACACGAUAGAAUUGAUCUUGAACUUCAAGUUGGGCCCCAGAUAUCCAGCGCGACCUUCAAGAUCUCAAGAGGCGAACCCACGGGCAGGACUGAGUAUGCAAAUAAGUAGAUUGUGUCGGCGGCAUCGUCACAGGUCGUGUCGGAAGCCGCUCAGGUCGGCAGCCGAGGUCGAAAUACGAAGUUCCUCUCACGGAAGGUAGAUAGGCCCCAGGAAGGCUGGGGUCCAGACUAAGAACGGGGAUUUCAAGGUGCAACUGCUCCCGGUGGCCAUGUGACCGCGUUGAUGAUGUCAUCAUUCCCUUUCAGACCUUCUUUUCCCACGGAGCCUCGGCACCGCGACCGCUGGCAGUGUCCUUCUACUACGUAGGACUCUCCGUCGUCGGAAUGAAUGUCAGCUAUACAAACACAAUUCUUUGCAUGAUUCCAUAGCCAUAUAAUCGACCGUGCACGGGUUGCCAAGUCUUGACCCGAUUCCAGUAUCGAUCGAUCACCGCUCUGCAGCUUUUUACUCCGUUCACACUCCACCUACCGAUUCGGCCGCGCCUUUUCUAGGAACACGUCUCCGCCCGUACAUUCAUGGCAAUGAACCCUCAACACCGGAUUGCGCGCAUGCGCGCAUCGCCACAACAGGUCAUCGACAAAGCGCGCGCGGGAUCCAUGGUGGACUUGACUGAUCUCGCUAAUUGGUGGACGCAGGUCCCGGAGCUCGUUCCUCUGGGCGUCAUUAACGUGUUCUUCCAUCAUCUCGACGGGGCGACACUCGACGCCAUCAUGGCGUCCCAGUCGCCAACGCCAACGCCGCGCCAAGCCGAGCAAAUUCUCCUCGCCACCAACGCGCUCUUCGCGCUCUGCCAUUGCGGUCCCCUCCUCUCAUUCGGUGGGCCCUACCACGACGGCACCGCGUUGCGCAGGGCCUGGCCGGGGAUUUUCAGGUGGUCGGCAUACCUGCUCAACGCGCGUGUCUUCACCGCCGCUACUAGCGCAUCCUCCGAGCAGGAACGACGCACGACGAUGGACACCGUGUGCAGCUGCUGGUACGCGUUCGUCGCGGCGGAAGGGAUGCAGCAGGUCAUGGCGCAGACGCAGGGCGCCGUCGAGCUGCUCACGAAGCUGUGGCAGAUGGACCAGGACGUGCGUGGCCAGAGGACCGUCGACAUCCCGUGCGUCGCAGCGGCGUUCGACGCGCUUCUCAUCGACGUCGACUGCGCGGACCGCGUCAAGCGUGCUGUAGGCGGGAAGAGCAGCGCCAAGGUCGUCGCCAAGCUGGUGGUGACGCGCACGAAGGCUGCGCUUGCACGCCCGCAGCUCGAUCCGGUCGAGCUGCAGAUCUACUUGGACAUAUUCUCCCAUCUGGCGCGAGGGGAGCAACAUCCGCUGCGGCACGCCCUGCUUGCGGCCGGUGCUAUCCCGCUCUGCACUCAGGCGGCGCUCACUUUAGCACGCGCUUUGGACGCCGGUGGUCCGCCUGACCUCCUCGGUGGGGUCGUAGCUGGUUUCGGGUUCCUCGCCAACUGUCUGCACUCUACAGAGGGCUUUACAUGGGUCAUUCAGGCUCUUCACGCGGACCUGCUCCUCGCGCUGGCAGCC